CUGCGUCGUCGCACCUCCCUGGCCACCGUCAAUCACAUAUCACGUCACCCGCCCUGGCGAAUCAGACCCGCUAUCGGCAUACCUUCUUUGUCUCGGAGCGCAAAACAUUACCCACCAAGAAGGGCCUGUCAUAUCGCAAAAGGCAUCUCUGUAACCAGGCCUCGACUGUGCUUCUGCAGCAUCGCCGCUGGCUGUCGCAUGAUCGCGACGCCUGUCUCACGGACUUUUUCCGCUCCAAUUACUUUAACCUCCAUCCUCCUCGCCGUCACUGCCGGUCGAUCGCCUCUCUCACAUCCCGUAUCGCCCCCAUAGCUCGCAAUCCUCCCGCCAUUGGCUCCUCCCGCCAGAGCUUGCUCUGGCAUAAUCCCCCCCGGCAACCAUGGUCCAGACACCAAAGGUCUUUGGCGGCAGCAAACACAAGCCCGUCCUCGAGAUCAGACCGGACUCGCCCUUUGUCGUUUUCCAGGGCGACGCGCACAACGCCGAACCUGUCGACCUCUCGGGAAAGCUGGUCUUGACCAACCAUGAUUCCAUUCCGAUUCGCUACAUCAAGCUUCAGCUGCUAGGCACGCGGAAGGUGUCUUGGCUCACGAACGCUGUAAACCCUCAGCAGAUUGUCUACAAGGAUGAAUUCUUGAGGGAGUCUCAGCUGCUUUACCCCGCAAGCGGAGGCAGCAAAAAGACUGUACACCACAUGGGACCCGGCGUCCACGAAUGGAACUUCAAGUUUUCGCUCAAGGGAUCACUCCCCGAGAGCGUGGAGGGUUUGGCUGGCAGCUACAUUGUCUACAACCUUCGCGCGACUCUUGAUCGGGGCAUGAUGGCUAAGGCCUUGUAUGCGGACAAGCACAUACGGAUCAUCAGGACAUUGGCGUCCGAAAUCUUGUCAGAUGCUGCAAUGGAGCAGACGAACGAAGAUGUGUGGGCAGACAAGGUCUGCUACAAAAUCACGAUUCCUCAAACGAAUUUCAUUUUCGGCACCCAAGCAACCGCGGAUUUCCAGCUCAUUCCCCUCCGGAAAGGCGUCACCAUCGGUGCGAUAAAGAUGGAGCUUCACGAACACGUCGUAUUGAAUGCCAUUCAAGGAGAACGCAAUAUUCCUCAUUCGUGGGAUGCAAUCGUGGCAAAGGAAGAAUUCCAGAUGCCAGACGAUGCCGAACAAAGAAUGACAGAGGCGGACGAGGACAACCCAUUCGACGAGUCUUACAAGUUUUCGCUCACUCUGCCAUUCCCGAAGUCUUUGAAGAAAUGUCGGCAAAACGUGGAAACCGAUUUUAUCAGGAUAGACCACAAAAUCAAGCUUUAUGUGAACCUUCACAACCCAGAAGGCCACACGAGUCAGCUCUUGGUCAAAAACAACUGCGUGUUGUUCAUCUCACCAAACCUUCCCGUGGGCGACGAUCAACAAGUCUCCCAGGCAGCUUCUGGUGAGCUAAUCGAAAGAGCCAUGCACGCUGAGGCUACCCAAGCCGCACCGCCGACGUACGCCGAUCACCAGCUCGACCAGAUGUACAGUGGCAUCGACCCAAGUGGCUAUAGGACUCCCGGUGGAUGGAACGGGUCUCCGCUCCAGAGUGGAUACGCUACCCCGUUCUACACCCAAAGUCGCAGGAACUCGGUGGAUGACCUUCCUUCUUCCCUACCUUCUUCGAUCGACGGCGUUGCCGGGAACGGGGCAUCGGCCAGCCAGCUGCACUCUCGUUUGACGCGACUGAGUAUCUCGCAAAACGGCUCUUCACCGAGACCGAGCAGCUACUUCUCGAGAAACUCAUCGCGACACUCCUCCGGCACGAACACGCCGCACCACCCGAUCCAGCCAUCGGGACCGAAUAGUCCUCUUGGAGACGAUUCCCAGACCUCCAGUGGUCGUGUGUCUCAUAACAGCAACAACCAUUCCCGGAGAGGCUCGGUUGUCAAUGAUUACUUUGGUCCAAUGGACGACAACCAAUACGAUUAUGACAUGGAAACCCUCUCCCGCAUUCCCAGCUACAAUACUGCGGUGAGAACGCCCGUACGAACGCCCAUCAGCGAGGAUCUACCCUCGUACGCCAUUGCAACAAGCAGGCCAUCGAGCCCAAACCACGAUCUGCAGCGCCCUAGUGUAGCGCACAUGCGCAGCAGAAACAGCACACCCUCUCCAACCGGCAGUCUCGCAACUCUGACCGAGGAGACGGAAAGAAACACGGCGUUUAACAGAAGCCUUGCGCCGGCCUACAGCACACGAUAAUCAAGAUGAGAGGCAGACGGCGCUCUCCAGAAGAUGAAAAGUAAUAACGUUUUUAUUUCAAAUGACUACAUAGACGGAUGGGAGGGGUUUACGGUGUUUGUUGAUAGGUAUAGACUGGGAGCCUGGCGCGGAAGAUACCCACCUCCGACAUCAGACAGCAUUUUUGCAUUGUUGGGCUCGCGCCCACAGUUACGUAGAGUAGUAGUGCCUCCCUAAUCAGUGACGAAUGAAGAACCUACC